AUGCAAUCGACGGGAGCUGGCCAGGCCCCCUUGUUGGCGAGCGCGGAGGGUGCGCGGCUGAAGAGCAUGAAUCGCACGACGGGCAACCGCAGUCGCGCAGUGCCGCUGCGAAGCAAUGAUCUCACCAUCUCCGCGCCCUCGUCCCGCCUGAAGCAUGACCUGCGCCACGUGCACUUUGACUCCAAGAUGCACUUUGCCCUGCCUCACGUGCAACCGAUGACUCUGCUUUCUAACUCCCCAGACGAUUUUGGGCGGCAGAGUGAGUCAAUCGUGCAGGAGCUGAACGCUGCCAGACAAGCCAUGCCGGCCGGAAGCCCCCUGCGCCAGCUCAUCAUGAAGCUGCUUUUUGUCCUGACCCGAUGCACUAGAUUGCUACAGUUCCAGAAGGAGGGAGGGGGUGUAGGUGGUGGUAGGAACAGUGAUGGGGGGGAUGGUGGAGAGAUCAGGACUAACAGUAUGGGGAAAGAAGGGGUGAGUCAAGAAGAAGAAAGAGGAGGAGAGGGGAAAGGAGAAGGAGGAGGGAUGGGAGUUAGUAGUGAUCCGGGUGGCACUGCUGAUGUCAGCACUGCCGGAGUAAGGCGAACAGGGGAUGUGGUAACUGCCAGACUGGUUACACCUGUAACACCCGGUGCUAGGACCAGGAGGGCUGAGUUGCAUGUGGUUACCAAGCAACCAGACGCAGCCGUGGUGACCAGGCUGUCAGACGGGCAUAUCCCGGUGGUCUUGGAUAAGGUGGGAGCACAGGAGGCGAUGCGUAGUAGAAGCGAUGACAGGCUGUCGCCAGCUGGCGGUGAGGUGCCAGCUGGCGUGGUGCCAGCUGGACUGGGUGAACAGUCCCUUGGGAGCGUUGACUUGUUGACCUCUGGGUUGACUGGGUCAGCUCAGGGGUUGACUGGGUCAGCUCAGGGGCUGACUGACAGGCUGUCACCACCUGGUGCUGUAACUGGCGAAUCAUGGCUCGAUUUUACUCGGAGCUGCCCGGAGAUGUCUCAGGUGAAUCAGCAGGUUCAGGUGAAUCAGCAGGUUCAGAUGAACCAGCAGGUUCAGGUGGGACGCAGUCGAAGCAGUGAGAAACUGCCACCACCUGGCAGGAGGUUACAGCACUGGGGAGGAUCCUUCCAGGAAGGUGCCAGUGCUAGAGCUGCUGCCUCUGCCAAUAUCCUGAGUGGUGGUGCGGGCAUUGCAGCAGACCUUGCUGCGUGGGAGCUGCUGCUGCUGCAGAGGAAGGGGAAGGAGCAGCAGCGGGAAGAGGGGUGGGAGGGGGUGAUAGAGGAGCAGUGGAGCCAGCAGCAGCAGCAGCAGCAGCAGCGGUUUCAACGGAAAGAGGACAUGGCUGCAGGGUCCCUGAAACCGGGUCUUUCUGCUACUCCUGCUGGUGCUCCUGCCGCUGCUGCCCCAGACAGGGCCCGCACGCCCCCUCUCAUCCGCGCUGGCAGCUGGAAAAGAGGCAGCGGCCGGGUGUCCACUUGGGGAGGGGCGGGAGCCUCAGUAGUAGCAACGGGAACAGGAGGGGCGGCAGGGGGGGCGGCAGCAGGGGAGGUGAGUGCGGGUCCGAGGAGGCUGACAGCGUCACUGAGUGGGCGACUGGGGGAGGUGCUUCUGGCUGUGGAGCAGCAGGCUCAACGCUUCUCCUGCUCCGCCGACACUUUGGGAUUCAGCCCUGGGGGUGUGGGCGCCCUUGAUGGCCUGCUGCCCUCCCCGCCAGAAAAAGCUGCAGGUGCUUUAGCUAAUGUAGAGGGUGUGCAAGAGGAUGUGAGAGGAGAUGCGUCUUUGGAAAGAGGAGCUGUGGUGAUGGGGCAUGAUGUCUCUGUUGGAAAAACACCUGAGGUGGCACCUGAAAAGACACCUGAAGUGGCACCUGAAAUGGCACCUGAGGUGACACCUGAUGGAGUUCGUGAGGGUGGAUCGCUUUCAUGUCCUCCGGAGGGGAUUCUUCACCUGCCGCUGGUUCGGAUGAGUCGAGGCAGUGAUCUUAGUACCCCGUUUCAUGCUCUUGUUCCCCUUGGUGAUGCUCCCUUCGCUGCCGUACUGCCUAGUCAUGUUGAUGCUGCUGCAGCGAGCAGUAUUGGUGGCAUUGGCGGCACCUGGGGUGGUGUUGCUGCUGGAGAAGCGGCAGCAGAGGGGCAUGGGCAGCAAGGGCAGGUGAAGGAAGGAGAGGUGCAGGGGCAGAUGAAGGAAGUGCAAGGGAAAGAAGUGCAGAUGCAGCAAGGACAGGUGGAGAAAGAGACAAUGGGUGGUGAGAUUGGGAGCAAGGCACUGUUGCAAGCAGUGGGUAGGGACGGGGGAAAGGAGGUGGGUAGCAUUGGGCGGCAGGAUAGCAUUGGGCGGCAGGAUAGCAUUGGGCGGCAGGGUAGCAUUGGGCGGCAGGAUAGCAUUGGGCGGCAGGGUGUUGGGCGGCAGGACAGUGUUGGGCGGCAGGACAGUGUUGGGCGGCAGGAGGAUUGGAAAGCCAUAGUGGAGGAGUUGAAGGGAGGGGGCGAUGGGACUGGUCUGAAGGGCCGGCAUGAGGAAGAUGACAUGUAUGGGGGAGAAGGAGAAGGCACACACGGCAUGGGAACGGAUGUAGGAGGCAUGGGAAUAGCAUCAGGAUCUGGGAUGGGAGAAGGCAUAGGAAUGCAGGGAGAGGCGGGAGCUGGGGCAAGGGUGGGGGAUGGAGCAGGGGCAGCGGCAGGGGUGGGGGUUGGAGCAGGGGCAGCGGCAGGGGUGGGGGUUGGAGCAGGGGCAGCGGCAGGGGUGGGGGUUGGAGCAGGGGCAGCGGCAGGGGUGGGCGCGGGGGCAGAGAGGGGACGGGUGAGCAGAGGCACAUCUGCGAAGGAGAAUCGUGAGGAGGAGGAAGCAGUGGUGAUGUGCCGGAUAUGUGAGGAGGAGGUGCCCCUGCGGGACCUGCAGGAGCACUCGUGUCUCUGUGCCCUGGCGAAUCGGUGCGAUGACACGCGGUUACCGCUGGAUGAGCGGUUACAUAGGCUCGGAGCUGGGUUGGAUGCGGUGGUGGCUGAGCUGACUUCAACGUCAGUCAACGCCAGUCAACGCGUGUGGGGCAGCAUGAGCAGCACAGGAGGGGGGCAGGGCAGUAGGGUGCCUGCAGGGGAGUCUCUAAUGAGGAGAGGAGGCAGUGUGGGGGGGGAGAUGGAAAUGCUGGGAGCCGGUGCGGCAGUCGAGGAGAUUGAUGAAGAAAUCAACGUGCUCAAUGAUUUGGCAGACAUAGCAGAAGACGUGGGGGAGGUGCAGGUGGGGCAGGCGGACGCCCUCGCUCUCCUCUCCACAGACAUCCGCGACCUCUCCGCCCUGCUGCGCUCACACGCUGCGCACUUCCCCUGCGUGCAGAUCUUCGGGCUGCGCAUUGCGAUUUUGUUGCAGGAGAAGUACCAACGAGUGCUGCAGCUUAGAUCAUUUCACAGCGGACCCGAAGCAGCAACCGCCUCCCCCAGCAGCAACCCCAGCGCCACUAGGGGAGCUUUGGCUCUGCCCCACUCAUUGGGGAGCAUUGGCAGCGUUGGGAGCAGGGGCGGCGGGGGUGGGGGCGGAGGGGCGAUGGGGGAGAAGGAGCAGCGCACGACGAUUGAUGACUUUGAGAUCAUUAAACCGAUCAGCAAGGGCGCGUAUGGACGCGUGUUUCUCGCGCAGAAGAGAACGACAGGCGACCUGUUCGCUAUCAAGGUUCUCCGUAAAGCUGAUAUGAUCCGCAAGAACGCAGUGGAGAGCGUACAGGCAGAGCGCAACAUCCUGGCGUCUGCCAGGAGUCCCUUUGUGGUGCGCUGCUUCUACUCCUUCACGUGUCGGGAGAACCUCUACAUGGUGAUGGAGUACCUGGAUGGGGGCGACCUCUUUUCAUUACUGCGCGCUUGCGAGGCCCUGGAAGAAUCUACCGCCUGUUUCUACACUGCUGAGCUGGUGCAAGCGUUGGAGUAUCUGCACUCGCUGGGAGUGGUGCAUCGGGACAUAAAACCAGACAACCUGCUCAUCGCACACGAUGGGCACAUCAAGCUGACGGACUUUGGGUUGUCCAGGGUGGGCCUUAUCAACAGUGCCGGAGACCUCUCCACCAAUCAGCAGCAGCCCAUCCCCUCCCACCACGCCUCCGCGCCUUCCUCCCCUGGUAAGCAGCACCUAUACAGCGUCGGCUCCGAAGGUGCAGCAGCAGACUCACCGCUCUGGACCGCAUCCAGCCUGCAGGAAUUCCCCUCGCCCCGCUCUGGACCCCCUCCACCCUCUCCGGUCCCCACUCCAACCCUGCCUCUGGCUAUUCCUCCCCCCUGCAUGCCCCCGGGUAUGCCUCCCCCUUGCACGCGUCUGGUUGCUCGUCCCCUCUGCAUCCUUCUGGAUUGGGGGGCGGAGGAGGGGGCGGAGGAGGAGGAGGAGGAGGAGGAGGAGGAGGAGGAGGAGGAGGAGGAGGAGGAGGAGGAGGAGGAGGAGGAGGAGGAGGAGGAGGAGGAGGAGGAGGAGGAGGAGGAGGAGGAGGAGGAGGAGGGGGGUUUUAUCAUCACACAGCGGUGGCAGCAGCAGGCUCAGCACGCCUCCCUGCUCAGACGCCUGGCAGGGGCGGGCGAGGGGAAUGGGGGGAGUGGUAGCACUGGCAGUGGUAAUGGCAGCGGCACUGCGUGGGGGAACGGCAACGGGAAUGGCAACACUGAGAGUAAGGGAGGGGGAGAUUGUGUGGAAAACCAAGGGGCAAGCAAGGAGGAUCAUGGGGAGGAGAAUGUGGAGGGGUAUGGGGAGGAUUAUGGGGACGGCAGUGGGAAGGAGAAUGCUAACAGUCCAGCAGCGGACUGGUGGUCGGUGGGAGUGCUGCUGUACGAGCUGCUUGUGGGGAUUCCGCCCUUCAACGCCCCCACUCCUCAGCAAAUCUUUGACAACAUAUUGAACCGCGACAUUACAUGGCCAGCCGUGCCUGAAGACAUGUCGUAUGAAGCCAAAGACCUGAUUGACAGGCUCCUCACAUUCGACCCGGAUGAGCGACUUGGGGCCCAGGGAGCAGACGAGAUCAAGAGGCAUCCCUUCUUUCGCAACAUCGACUGGGACACCCUCUCCUAUGAAAAGCCCCCAUUCAUUCCUGAGCCGGAGAACGCACAUGACACGAGCUACUUUGCAUGCCGCUACGGGCCGAAUGCGCUGGAAGGAGGGGAGGGAGUGGGGGGCAUGGGGUGUGCGGAUGGGCGCAGCAGCAACUACAGCAGCGGUGGCGGCAGCACCAGUGACUCUGAGGAUUUGGAGAUGGAAAGGCACGACGAAGCGGGUGACAUGCCAGCGUUCCAGUCCACUGCAGUUGACUUCUCAGGUUUCUCCUUCAAGAACCUCUCCCAACUAGCUUUCAUCAACACUGAAAUUCUUGAAAGGCGGCAGAGCCCACCCAAUGGGCCAGCAGCAACCGAGUCUCCGUGA